AAGGCUACCGUUUAGGUCGCUAGCUCUCUAGUUUGCGAGUUAGCAUGUGUCUCAAGACCCUGCAGUUGCGCAAUAUGUUGUAAAUAAAAAAAAAAGUAUAAAUGGAAAAACGAUGCAGACAUGCGGCCCAGCCUUGCCCCAGACCCUAGCUCCAGUGAGUUUGAGACCCCUGCCGUAAAGCAUAUCAGUUGAAGUUCUACCGACCUUGUGUGGCUGACACUUUGCCCAGUUCUCCAGUCGGGCAAAGACUCCGUCAUUGCACUCGAUGAUCCAGUGCUCCUCGAUGGGGAAAGACUCCAGUUUGGUGGCUGCGAUGGCCAUGCCGAAACCGAUCUCCAAAACGCGACCACCUAGUGGAGAUUUACACCAGUUGGAUGCAUGUGGCCCGAAAACCUCAUACGAUUUUUUUUUUUUUUUUUUGAUUAGCACCUAAUCAUUUACACUGAUAAUUACAAUUUGGGUAUAAUAAGGAUUUAGCGAAGACUGUAGUACAGUAUAUUCUGUUCAUGAUUUGUUCAUGAUGCAUUAAUGUUAAAUAUAAGACAGUAAAAGGGAAUUGACACACAUGGGAGUGAGUGAGGGUCUAUUUUCACGCAAAUCAAAGAUGAGUUUUUCCGGCCUCCCCCCCUGCAGACAUCUUGGCCGACCUCCACCAGCACAGUGACAGCUGCUGGAGAACUCUCCCAGCACCAUGCAGCUCACUUUCACAUAUGUUACUUGAUCCAAGUAGUAGUUAUUAUCUUCUACAUGUAUUUUAUGUAUAUAUAUUUUUUUGUUGUACUGUUGCAUUGUCUUAAAGUCGUUGGAUAUUUUUUAUUUUAUUUUGAUCUUAUUUUUAUUUUUUUUUAUUUUUUGUAUUUUAUUUUUAUUUGUGUUUUUAUUUGUAUUUUAAUUUCAUUUUAUUUUUGUCAUUGUAUUUUUAUUUUAUUUUAUUUAUUUUUAUUUUUAUUAUUUUAUUUUUAUUUUAUAUUCAUCAAUUAUUAGUAUUUUAUUAUUAAUAUUAGUAUCACUAACACCGGUCCUUGGUAUCAGAUUCAUACCAAAAUCUAAAGUCGUUGGAUAUAUAUAUAUAUUUUUUUAAUGUUUAUAUUUUAUUUUAUAUUCAUCAAUUAUUAGUAUUUCAUUAUUAAUAUUAGUAUCACUAAUACCGGUCCUUGGUAUCAGAUUCAUACCAAAAUCUAGUCGUUGGAUAUUUUUAUUUUAUUUUUAUUUUUUAUGUUUAUAUUUUAUUUCAUAUUCAUCAAUUAUUAGUAUUUUAUUAUUAUUAGUAUCACUAAUACCGGUCCAUGGUAUCAGAUUCAUACCAAAAUCUACACUACAGCCCACCCCCAACAAAGAUUGUUAAUAUGCAGUUUUAAAUCUUGUAAUACUACGGCUAUGUCACAAAACACCGCAUACAAAGUGUUAAAAGUAUUUUUCAUUCAUAUUAUACACAUAAUGUUACUUUAUAUGCUCAAACUGCAACGCACUACACCAACUACCGGACAACCCUGUCGAACAAACACAGUUGUCCGAUAAUGGAAACCAACACAAUUAAACUACCUUUGGAGGCAGCUACCGUUGACAGGGAGUGCAUGUACGGGGUCUCCCAGCGCUCCAUCACGGGCUUAUACACAUAAAGUUACUUUAUAUGUUCAAACUGCAACGUACUAAACCAAAUCCCGGACAACCCUGUCGAACAAACAGUGUUGUCCGAUAAUGGAAACCAAACACAAAUAAACUACCUUUAGAGGCAGCUACCGUUGACAGGGAGUGCAUGUACGGGGUCUCCCAGCGCUCCAUCACGGGCUUGCCCAUGAUCUCCAGGUGGGUGUCGGCGUCAUUGUAGCCGGCGUUGGCGUCGUGCCAUGACGGCUUGCAGUCUUCUCCCUUUGAGAAUAUCGGCUGGCCGGCGGCGGUGGUGGGGGUGGUGGUCAUUUUGUGUCGCGAUGGGAGUCCAAGGAGAUUGGCUGACCGAAACUGUGUCUUCACAGCGAGGAGGGCGAAAAGCGAGAGGCCGGCGUUUAUAUCGGGCUUCGUCGUGCUGACGCGGCGGGAGUUGGACGACAGGUCAAAAGCUCAACACAGGGAACGGUGGUCGCUCUGCCCAAGAUUGUCUCCAAAAAAUUAUUUGUCGGUGGACUGGACUGGAGCACCACGCAAGAGACCCUGAGAAACUACUUUUCACAGUAUGGGGAAGUAGUGGAUUGUGUUAUCAUGAAGGACAAAACUACUAAUCAGUCACGAGGAUUUGGUUUUGUCAAAUUCAAAGACCCCAAUUGUGCACGGGCGGUGCUGGAGACAAAGCCGCACAUUCUAGAUGGGAAAAAUAUUGACCCAAAGCCGUGCACUCCUCGAGGAAUGCAACCUGAAAAGUCUCGAACUAAAGAAGGAUGGAAGGGCAGCAAAGCUGAUAGCAAUAAAUCAAAGAAGAUAUUUGUAGGUGGAAUCCCCCAUAACUGUGGCGAACCUGAACUCAAGGACUAUUUCAAUAGAUUCGGAGUGGUCACAGAAGUGGUAAUGAUGUAUGAUGCGGAGAAGCAGAGGCCCCGAGGUUUUGGAUUUAUUACUUUCGAGGCCGAACAAUCAGUGGACCAGGCUGUCAACAUGCAUUAUCACGACAUCAUGGGCAAAAAAGUUGAAGUAAAGAAAGCAGAACCUCGUGACGAUAAAACUCCCGGCCAGCUCGCCCCAGGCCAGUGGGCACCCAGGAGCAUCCUAAGUGCAGCUAACGGUUGGCCGGCACAGCCCACCCAGACCUGGCAUCAACCUUACGGGCCACAGGGAGUUUGGGUGGCGACUGCCGGCCAGCCUAUAGGUGGUUAUGGACCUCCGUUAUCAGCGGGCCGGGGGACCCCCACACAGCCCCCUUCGCCUUUCAGUGCAUUCCUGGUCACAACCCCAGCGGGCAGCUUUGCUGCACCUCAGGGCUACCCUCAGCAGGGCUUCAGCGCAGCACCGCAGUUUGGUUACAGUUUUGCCACUCCUCAAGCCGACCAGUAUGUUCCACAAGUUCCUCCUCCACCUACCACUCCAGGAACUGCAACAUUGGGCUUUGCUGCCACCACCACACCAACUCAGGACUUGAGCAAAGCUUCCGCCGGACAGCCUGAAUUUCCGUAUAGCCAGUAUGGGUACGGCCAGGACUUGACGGCUUUUAGCCACACUUUUGCAGACCCCAACCAGUCGACGGCGUACGGGGCACCGACAGCACAGCCCGCCGCUGCUCCCCAGCCCGCCGCCACCGCGUUUGGCAGAGGACAGAACCACAACGUGCAAGGCUUCCACCCGUAUCGACGUUGACCCUCACUUAGUGACGGGUGCUGUGUAAAGUUCAAACAAAAAAAAAACUAUCUGGGCAAAAAAAAAAAAAAAAAAAAGUCAGGGAAAUGUGUGAUAGAUUGUUUUAUGGGAAUUUUUGAAUGCACAUUUUUUGUGGUACAAAAACCACAAUGAAAGUAGUUUGUCGGAAAAGUUGUAAACAUAUUUUUGUUUGCCUAAUUUAUGGAAAAUAUAACACAUUUUAUCUCCGAUCCCCCCCAAACCAUAUUUUAUAGUAGAACUCAACUUCUUUGCAAUAAUUUUGAUUGUCUUGUCAAACACUAGCACACACAAACUAUAUGAAAAGAGACUCUCGUAUAAAUAUGUAUGUUUAUGGUCGACUAAAAUGAAAACAGGGUUUUUCAAUUUCCUCAGCUUUAAAUUCUAGGGAAAUUGUUUUUAUUUCGUGAAUAUUGUUUACUUUCUGAGCCUUUCAAGUUUGUUUGAAAUUGAGAUUAUAGAUAUAUAUAGAUAUAUAUAUAUAUAUUAUACACAAACUGUGCAAUUUUUUAAAAAGGAAUUUUGUACUAUAAAUGUACACUUUGCUUGUUUUUUUUAAUUUAAAGUUGUAGACUUCCCUCAGGUGGCUGUUUUGGGUGCAUUUUGCACUAUGCAAAAAGGACAAAUUAUUUAAAAAAAAUAAAAUAAAUGUUUUAAGGAUAUGAUCUGUCCAAUGAAUUUGACUGAAUUGCUGCUUUUUUUUUGAAACGCUAAUCUUUAUUUAAAAAAAAAUUAUAUCACUAAACCAAGGGUGUCCAAAGUGCUGCCUGUAGGUUUUUAUUUUUAUUUUACAUUUACAUUUUUUUUUUAAUAUUUAUUUUACAAUUUUUACAUGUUGAUACUUGAAUUUGAC